AUGAAAUGUGCAGGAAAACUUCACAGAAAAAAGCUGAAUAAAAAUUCGCUUUUAAUUUGUUUUAGCACAACAAAAGCGAUGCCCUCGAGAAAGGUUCUCAUUGAAAAGGAUACGAAAAUUGAUUUACCCAAAAGAAAAAAAAGUGGAAAAGAAACACAAACAAAUACGUGGGUGAGAACGGAGGGGAAAAACAAGAAGAAAGAAACUAAUUACUUAGCUUAG